UGAUAGCGUUUAAACGACAAACGAAGAAGAAUUAAAUGCUGCAGCAGGCUGUGGCGUUGCUAAUGCGGUGUUUUGUUUUGUGUUUUUUGCGCACAUUCACAUUUUAAUGACUGUUUUAAAAUAACAUAAGUUACGUAAAAAGAAGAGGAGCUGCCGCUAAACGUGCUGUGAAGAUGAAGCUCAACAUUGAGGGUCUGCUGGUGUAUUUUCCCUAUGACUACAUCUACCCCGAGCAGUACUCCUACAUGCUGGAGCUGAAGAGGACGCUGGAUGCCAAGGGUCAUGGAGUCUUGGAGAUGCCGUCAGGAACAGGGAAGACCAUCUCUCUACUGUCCCUCAUUGUGGCCUACCAAAGGGCUUUCCCUCUGGAGGUCACCAAGUUAAUUUACUGCUCUAGAACAGUUCCAGAGAUUGAGAAGGUUGUGGAGGAGCUGAGGAAGCUGAUGGAGUUUUACACUAAAGAAACAGGAGAGAGCAACAACUUCCUGGCUCUCGCUCUUUCCUCCAGGAAGAACCUCUGCAUCCACCCUGAGGUGAGCUCUCUGCGCUUCGGUAAGGAAGUCGAUGGGAAGUGCCACAGUCUGACAGCAUCGUACAUCCGCGCACAACAUCACAGCAACCCCAACCUGCCCGUCUGUCGCUUCUACGAGGAGUUCGAUUCAGUCGGCCGACAGGUGCCUCUUCCUGCUGGCAUCUACAACCUUGAUGACCUCAAGGCCUUUGGCAGGAGGAAGGGCUGGUGUCCUUACUAUCUGGCUCGCUAUUCAAUCCUGCAUGCCAACAUUGUGGUGUACAGCUACCACUACCUGCUGGACCCCAAGAUAGCUGAUCUGGUGUCUAAAGAGCUGGCAAAGAAAUCCGUAGUGGUGUUUGAUGAGGCUCAUAAUAUCGACAACGUGUGCAUCGACUCCAUGAGCGUAAACAUCACCAGGCGAACGCUGGACCGCUGUCAGAACAACGUGGACACUCUCCAGAACACCAUACACAAGAUAAAGGAGACGGAUGCUGCUAAGCUGAGGGAGGAGUACAGGCGCUUGGUGGAGGGGCUGAAGGAAGCCAAUGUGGCGAGAGAAACCGACAUCUACCUCGCAAAUCCGGUGUUGCCUGAUGAAAUCCUUCAAGAGGCGGUGCCUGGCUCUAUUCGUACAGCCGAGCACUUUGUAGGUUUCAUGAGACGCUUCCUGGAGUAUCUGAAGUCUCGUCUGAGGGUCCAACACGUCGUACAGGAGAGCGCGCCUCAGUUCCUUAAAGACGUCUUCGACAAAGUCUGCAUCGACCGCAAGCCUCUCAGGUUUUGUGCAGAGCGGUUGCAGUCGUUGCUUCGAACUCUUGAGAUCGCCGACAUCGCAGACUUCUCAGCUGUUACUCUCAUCUCGAACUUCGCCACUCUCGUCAGCACCUACAGCCAAGGCUUCACCAUCAUCAUCGAGCCCUUUGAAGACAGAACUCCGACCAUUGCCAACCCCGUGCUGCAUUUCAGCUGCAUGGACCCGUCUAUAGCCAUCAAACCAGUUUUCCAAAGAUUCCAGUCAGUCGUCAUCACCUCAGGGACACUUUCCCCCCUGGACAUCUAUCCCCGCAUCCUUGACUUUCGCCCGGUUACCAUGGCGUCCUUCACCAUGACACUGGCGCGCACCUGCCUCUGCCCUCUGAUUGUUGGCAGAGGAAACGACCAGGUGGCCCUGAGCUCCAAGUUUGAGACCAGAGAAGAUUUUGCUGUGAUUCGGAAUUAUGGUAACCUGCUUCUGGAGAUGUCUGCGAUCGUUCCUGAUGGGAUUGUGGCGUUUUUCACCAGCUACGUGUACAUGGAGAACAUCGUGGCGUCCUGGUAUGAACAGGGUAUCCUGGAGAAUAUCCAGAGAAACAAGCUGAUCUUCAUCGAGACUCAGGAUGCUGCAGAGACGAGCAUGGCCCUGGAGAAAUACCAAGAGGCGUGUGAGAACGGCCGAGGAGCCAUCCUUCUGUCUGUGGCCAGAGGAAAAGUGUCUGAAGGGAUAGAUUUCGUGCACCAUUAUGGCCGUGCUGUCCUCAUGUUUGGAGUGCCGUAUGUUUAUACGCAGAGUCGCAUCUUAAAGGCUCGGCUGGAGUACCUUCGGGAUCAGUUUCAGAUCAGGGAGAACGACUUUCUGACGUUUGAUGCCAUGCGCCACGCGGCUCAGUGCGUAGGCAGAGCCAUCCGAGGCAAAACUGACUAUGGACUCAUGAUUUUUGCUGACAAGCGUUACGCACGAGCAGACAAACGUGGGAAGCUACCUCGCUGGAUUCAGGAGCACAUCAACGACGGCAGUCUGAACCUCACCGUGGACGAGGCCGUGCAGCUUUCCAAGCACUUCCUGCGGCAGAUGGCUCAGCCUUUCAGACAGGAGGACCAGUUGGGUUUGUCUCUGCUGACUCUCGAGCAGCUGGAGUCGGAGGAAAUGCUGCAGAAAAUCACUCAGAUUGCUCAUCAGACCUGAAGGUGACACGAACCGUAUGACAUUGUUACCACAGCAGCACCCAUAACCCAGCUGUUACCAGACUAGGGUUAAAUAUGUGUCGGCUCUAAAAGGGCAGAUCCACCUUAACUUUAGGAAGUUUGUUGGCACUAAGCAAAAACUCAGAAUUACCUUUUAAGUGUCUGUUUUCCUCCAAGUGGUAAAAAUACUGUAAAAGUAUUUAAAGUAUUUUCAGUUCUGCCGGUCACAGUAAUGAUUUCUGACAGGAGAGCUCCUCCCACACCAAUGAUGUGAGCAUCAGUCAAAGCCACUCGUGGUUC